AUGCCGCCCAAGAAGCCUGCUGGUAAUGUUGUCCAGGCCGAGGUUGCCUUGCAGCAAUCUUUGAAGAAUUGCCUCGUCAAUCUCCCAUCCUCGCUCGUCUCGGUUCUCGUGAAUGCGAACACAGUCGCCCAGAAUGUCGUCGUCGAGCUCACAUACCGCCAACCUCCACCACCGGGUGCUUCGGAUAACAGGAAUGCCGCGCCCAAGUCUAUCUUCGUGGGAUGGACGGGCAUGCAGAGCAAGCGCAGGAUUGCGCCUGUAGUUGGGCGAGACGGCUUGAGAGGCAGCCCAGCAGUCAGCCAACAAGACCUCCCAGCAGUAGAGGUGGAUGCCACAUUCGCCAGGUUGAUCGGGCUUCAAGAAGGGCAAAAGGUGGGCAUACUGCUACAUCUGGAUCCGCCUCAGGCGCAUACCAUCAACAUCGAGCCCUUGACCCCCGUAGACUGGGAGAUGAUAGAGCUGCAUGCUCAAUUCUUGGAAUUGAACUUCCUCUCUCAGAUACGCGCACUCCCCAACCCUCAGGCCGCAUCACCGCACCCCCUUACGCUGCAUCUGUCCCCUACAACGACCGCGAACAUUACCGUCACUUCCAUCGCUCCCGCGCCGCCCAACACAUCGCUCUUCGUCAAGAUCUCGCCCGACGCCGAAGUUAUCGUCGCGCCCAAGACGAGGCAAAAGGAAAGGAGCUCAAACCGGGAAAGCAGGAGUGUGGGCGCUGCAUCGAGGAAGAGCGGAAAGAGCUCUGCAAGCACAGUCCGGCGACGCAGUGGUCGCGAGGAUGCCGCAAGCAAAGGUGUCAUCUUCUUGCGUGGUGUUGAUCGUAGUGUGGCAAGGGAGUGGUUCGACGAAGAAGAAGAUACAGACGCCGAGGGCCUGAAGGUGUGGGUAGACAAGGACGUACUCCUCACUAAGGCCCUCCGAGGGGCCACUUGGGUCUCCAUCUCAAUCAUCAAGCCUGCAGGGCUACAAGAGCCGGUGGAUAUGUCCAAGGAGCAGGAACAGGAGAAGCCCGCAACGCGCGUAGUCGCCAAGAUUAUAGCAUGGGAAGACGCGCCCGACAGUAGGCACGUGGCGCUUUCAACCGACCUCUGCAAGGUCUUGGGCUUCGACAACUUUGUGGCCGCCGGCCAUCAAACCGCAAGGUACAAAGAGUCGAGGGAACCGGUUGUCAAGUCUAUCAAGAUCAUACCCUUCUCCACCGCUGCGUCACAAGUCAAUGCUUCCUUGAAGUUUGGUGGCGAGUCUAAGCAAGACCAGGAGAACGCGAUACAGAAGAUCAAAACAACCUACGGAAAGAAGAACGGCCUUCUCGAUGGGCCGGUCACAGAUGGAAUGAUACUGCCUCCGGCCAACGACUCCGAGCUUGGCUGGCAAGGAGGUAUCGUGAGGUUCGAACCGCCAUCAUCCACAAGCGGAGUCUCAUGGGUGCUCUUCCCCGAGAGGAAGCCCCCGCUUGAACUAGGUCAAGAGGUGUCAACGCCAACAAGCUGGGCCAAGGGCUGGCAGCAGGGUGAUCCGCUUCCGCAAACACCCGCGAAUCUGGUUGGCAUAGAUCCUCUUAUCCAGCAACUACGAUCACAUCUAACACACAAUUCUUCGGUUCUGCUCACUGGUGGCCUGGGAGCAGGAAAGUCGGAAUGCGCUCAACUACUUGCCCAUCAACUUCGAACCGAAUAUCUCUUCAACACCAUCUACUUUCCCUGUCGCAAACUGGUAACGGAUGAGACGCGAGUUGCGACUAUCAAGGAGACCCUGAACAGAUUGUUUGCUUCGGCAUCAUGGGGCGCAAGAGGCGGUGGAAAUGCUGUGGUAAUUCUAGAUGAUUUGGACAAGCUAUGUCCAGUGGAGACCGAGCUCCAAGUUGGUAAUGAGAACGGGCGCAGUCGACAUGUCAGCGAGUGCCUAAUCAACAUCGUAAGGCAAUAUUGCUCUAUGGACUCUGGUGUGGUCUUGCUAGCAACUGCGCAAGGUAAAGAGGCCUUGAACAAUGUCAUCGUUGGCGGACAUAUCGUCCGCGAGAUUGUCAGUCUCAAGGCCCCCAGCAAAGACGGUAGAAGGAAGGUUCUCGAGAUGCUUGCGUUCAAGGAUGCCAAGAUAGAGCAGUCAAAGGAGCUCAAUGGCCAUGCCUUCCCACCAUCACCAUCGAACAGUCGGCCUAGUACCGCUCAUCGCAGUCAGCCUAGUAUCGACAGCAUACCACAACAACCGUCUGAUGAUUAUGCCUUCACCAUUGAUCCUACAAUCGACUUUCUCGACCUCGCCGGCCAGACAGACGGUUACAUGCCCGGCGAUCUCGUGUUACUCACAUCGCGCGCCCGCAACGAAGCAUUGAUUCGCUCAGUCACGUCGACAUCCCCAACUGUCUCUCUCACACGAGAGGACUACACUCAAGCCAUCACCGGCUUCACGCCCGCCUCUUUGCGAAACGUUACACUACAAUCCUCCACUACAAAAUGGGAUUCCAUCGGCGGUCUCCUCACAACACGACAGGUUCUCUUGGAAACUCUUCAAUAUCCUACAACCUACGCUCCCAUUUUCGCAAAAUGCCCACUACGUCUCCGAUCAGGUUUACUCCUGUAUGGCUACCCUGGAUGUGGCAAGACCCUACUCGCAUCUGCAGUAGCAGGCGAGUGCGGUCUAAACUUCAUCUCAGUCAAAGGACCAGAAAUUCUCAACAAGUACAUUGGUGCUUCUGAAAAGUCUGUCCGGGAUCUCUUUGAACGUGCAGAAGCAGCGCGACCCUGCGUUCUCUUCUUCGAUGAGUUCGACAGUAUCGCACCGAAGCGUGGACACGACUCAACGGGCGUAACAGACCGUGUCGUCAACCAACUCCUCACUCAAAUGGACGGAGCGGAAGGUCUUUCGGGCGUCUACGUCUUAGCUGCUACGUCGCGACCUGAUUUGAUCGAUCCUGCGCUCCUUCGCCCUGGUCGUCUUGACAAAUCUCUCUUAUGUGAUAUGCCAGACGUGGAAGAACGCAUCGACAUCCUGCGUGCCGUAACACGCAAACUACACCUCGCCCCCAGCCUUCUAGGUGACGGCCACGAAGGCGAGAAUCUCCGCGAAAUAGCAAUGAGAACAGAAGGCUAUUCGGGUGCAGAUCUCCAAGCCGUGGUAUAUAACGCGCAGCUAGAAGCCAUCCACGAUGUACUUGGCGACGUGGACCCUUCGAAAAUCGACCACAAGAAAGACGGAAACAACGCUACUGCAAGCAACAAGGGCAUUCCUGACUUUUCUUACUUCCGCUACGGCGACGAUCCUACAUCCACCCCCAACUCUUCCGCCCUAGCAACAUCCGCUCAACUCACCGAGCGCGCCAUGAUUGCUCAGAAAAUUGCUGCCCUGCAGGCUCUGCGCAAGAAACAGAAACAAAUCCAACGUUCUGAUGGAUCGGCGCAGAGGGAAGACGAAGAUAAAGCGAACAAGGAAGAAGAAGACGGUGAUGAAAGAAAGGAUCCGCAGAUUCAGUGGAAACACAUAGAGUCGUCUCUUUCUAGUGGACGAAGCAGUAUCUCGGCACAAGAGAGGAUGCGUCUUGAGAGGAUAUACAGGGAGUUUGUUGAUGGCAGGGAUGGUGAUUUGCCAAAUGGACAGGGAGGAAAUGAGAUUGGGGGGAGGAGUAGUCUGAUGUAA